UCACACACAAAAAGAAUGUCUGUUUGUAGCAUUCUUAGUGUUGGUUGUAGAUAAUUAGAACAAACCAACAAUGGGUUGCGUGACCUCAAAAGCAGCUGCAGAAGGUGGUGCUGUUGUACAAAGAAAUGUUGGUGGUAAAGGGAAGGGAAAAGCAACGUCUAAUUUCCCUGAUCUAUCUAAACACAACAACCAUAUGGCAAAGUGUUUGACAGAGAAGUUGUAUAAUGAACUUUGUAAUAAAACUACUAAAGGAGGGGUGACACUGGAUGAAUGCAUUCAAACAGGCGUAGACAACCCUGGCCACCCAUUCAUAAUGACUGUUGGUGCUGUAGCUGGUGAUGAGGAAACUUAUGAGGUGUUCGCGCCCCUGUUUGAUAAAAUAAUCAGUGAAAGACAUGGCGGAUACGGCAAAACCCAACUUCACUCAACUGAUUUGAACCCUGAACAUUUGGUUGGGGGAGAUGACUUGGACCCCAAGUAUGUCUUAUCAUCGCGUGUACGCACCGGACGAAGUAUUUCUGGCCUUGCCCUUCCGCCCUGCUGCUCACGUGCCGAGCGCAGAGAGGUUGAGAAGAUACUUUCUGAAGCCUUAGCGGCCUUAGAUGGUCCUUUCAAAGGAAAGUAUUACCCACUGUCUGGUAUGUCUGAUGAGACACAAGAGAAACUUAUUGAGGAUCAUUUUCUCUUCGAUAAACCAGUGUCGCCCCUUCUACUUGCUUCCAGGAUGGCACGAGAUUGGCCUGAAGGUCGUGGUAUUUGGCACAAUGAAGAGAAGAACUUCCUUGUAUGGGUGAAUGAGGAAGACCAUAGUCGUGUAAUUUCAAUGGAGAAGGGUGGGAACAUGAGGCGUGUGUUCACAAGGUUUUGUGAGGGCUUGAAAAAGGUUGAAGACACCAUAGCCAAGAGAGGACACAGCUUCAUGUGGAAUGAACACCUCGGGUAUAUUCUAACAUGUCCAUCAAACCUGGGUACUGGCUUAAGGGGUGGCGUGCAUCUUAAGAUCCCCUUGAUGAGCAAACACCCCAUGUUUGAAAAUCUUUUGAAGAAGCUUCGUCUACAAAAGCGAGGCACAGGGGGUGUAGAUACGGCAUCUACAGAUGGAACGUUUGAUAUUUCAAACUCUGAUAGAUUGGGAUCAUCAGAAGUAGACCAAGUACAAUGUGUCGUGGAUGGUGUGAACUUGCUUAUACAGAUGGAGAAGAGAUUGGAAGCAGGCCAAACUGUUGAUGAUUUGAUGCCAGCCGAUAAAAAAGUUGAAACUGACAUCAAUUAUCCUGACCUAUCAAUGCAUAACAACUGGAUGUCUAAGUGUUUGACACCCGCUGUUUAUACCAAGCUUAAGAAUCGUAAAACACCAAGUGGAUAUUCACUUGAUAAGUGCAUUCAAACAGGUGUUGACAAUCCUGGCCAUCCAUUUAUAAUGACUGUAGGAUUAGUGGCAGGGGAUGAGGAAACUUAUUCAACUUUUUCGGAAUUAUUUGAUCCAGUGAUUAGUGGAAGGCAUGGAGGCUACCCUGCAAAUGCUAAACACACAACAGACUUAGAUGCCACUCAUCUUAGAGGAGGUGACAAUCUGGAUCCUAAAUAUGUUUUAUCAUCAAGAGUAAGAACAGGUCGUAGCAUCCGUGGUUUAGCAUUACCACCAUGGUGCACACGAGGUGAACGUAGAAAGACAGAGAAGAUUAUAACGGAAGCAUUGUCAGCAUUGGAUGGCCCGCUAAAGGGCAACUAUUACCCCCUCACUGGAAUGACAGAGGAAACGCAGGAUAAACUGAUUGAUGAUCAUUUCUUAUUCGAUAAACCGGUGUCACCUCUCCUUACAAGUUCAGGGAUGGCACGUGAUUGGCCGGAUGCCCGUGGUAUUUGGCACAACGAUGAAAAAAACUUCCUUGUAUGGGUGAAUGAGGAAGAUCAUAUGAGAAUCAUAUCAAUGGAGAAGGGUGGGAACAUGAAAGCUGUGUUCCAACGCUUCUGUGAUGGAUUGCAAAAGGUUGAAGCUACCAUAAGUACAAACGGUCAUUCAUUUAUGUGGAACCAGCAUUUAGGAUAUAUCCUCACAUGCCCUUCUAAUCUUGGCACAGGUCUUCGAGGAGGUGUUCACCUUAAAGUGCCUUUGCUCAGCAAACACAAGAAGUUCGAUGAUAUAUUAUCAAAGAUGAGAUUACAAAAGCGGGGCACAGGUGGUGUGGAUACGGCAUCUACAGAUGGAACGUUUGAUAUUUCAAACCUCGACAGACUUGGAUCAUCUGAAGUCUCCCAGGUUCAAUGUGUUAUCGAUGGCGUUGAGACCUUGAUACAAAUGGAGAAAAGAUUGGAACAAAAGAAAUCGAUUGACGAUCUUAUUCCCAAGGAAACAAAGUCAAACAAAACAACAACAGUCGCAACUCCCGUGAAGCUUUCAUUCGACAACUUUCCUGAUUUAUCUUCUCAUAACAACUGGAUGGCUAAGUGUCUUACUAAGGAGAUAUACGCAAAACUGUGUGACAAAAAGACAAGUUUUGGUUGCACCCUGGAUAGCUGUAUACAGACAGGAGUUGACAAUCCUGGCCAUCCAUUCAUAUUCACAGUAGGAUUAACAGCAGGAGAUGAGGAAUGCUAUUCUGUGUUCAAAGACUUGUUCGAACCAGUUAUAUCCGGUCGCCACAAUGGUUAUCUGCCUGAUGCUAAACACUGCACUGAUCUCGACGCCACUAAACUAAGAGGAGGUAACUUUGAUGAGAAUUUUGUUCUCUCCUCCCGAGUACGAACCGGACGCAGCAUCCGUGGAUUGGCCCUCCCUCCUUGGUGUACAAGGGCUGAGAGGAGAAAGGUAGAGAAGUUGUCCGUGGAAGCUUUGUCCAAGUUGGCAAAUGAACUGAAGGGAAAAUAUUAUCCAUUGAAUAAGAUGACGGAAGCUGAACAAGACCAACUUAUUGAUGAUCAUUUCUUGUUUGAUAAACCUGUUUCUCCUCUACUUACAAGUGCAGGCAUGGCACGAGAUUGGCCGGACGGUCGAGGUAUUUGGCACAACGAUGCAAAGAACUUCCUUGUGUGGGUGAAUGAGGAAGAUCAUUUACGACUUAUCUCAAUGGAGAAGGGUGGGAACAUGAAGGCUGUGUUUGAAAGGUUUUGCAAAGGAGUGCAGGAAGUUGAAGCUUCACUUAAACAGCGCGGUUGUGAGUACAUGUGGAAUGAACACCUUGGGUAUAUUCUAACAUGUCCAUCAAACCUGGGUACUGGCUUAAGGGGUGGCGUGCAUGUAAAGUUGCCGUUACUCUGCAAAGAUAAAAGAUUCAACUCCAUCCUUGAGAGUUUGAGAUUACAAAAGCGAGGCACAGGGGGUGUGGAUACCGCUUCAUCAGAUGGGACAUUUGAUAUUUCAAACCUGGACAGACUUGGAUCUUCUGAGUUGGACCAGGUACAAUGUGUAGUAGAUGGUGUUGAGUUGCUUGUACAGAUGGAGAAGAAACUCAUGGCAGAGGAAAGCAUUGAUAGCCUUAUCCCUCCGACUAAAUAAACAACUAGCAUGUUGUAUAACUCCAUCCAAAAUCACCAUAAAAAUUCAUGACUUGUGUUUAGUAAUAAUUUUUUUUUAAUAAAAUUCUGUUAUUACCGAAAUUUAACAUAAAUUUAAAAGCUAAUAUAAGGUUUUUUUUCCCAAUUCACCAUAAAAAUCCAUGACUUUUGUGUUCGGUAUCGCUACAGUUUUUUGUGAUUUUUUUUUGUUUGUGAUUUUUACCACAAAAUUUAAACCUAACUAAAUAAAUGUAGAAACAUUUUUAUCCAAAACUCACUAUAAAAAAUCCAUGACUUUUUUGUUUUUAGUAAUACCCUUCACUUUUAUUAGAAUGUUUUUUUGUAUACUUCAUCAAAAUUUGGAUAAUUUAUCCCUAAAGUUCCAGCCAUAUCUACUAUUGCUACAAUAGAUGUUACCUGAUACAGCCAAAUACGCCAAACUGUGAAUACAUUGGUUUCUAAAACCUUUUAAAGUGUUAAAACAUUUGCCUAAUCGACAUUACAGUUUUCUACAGUAUUGUUUUAAAUUUUUACCCAACAUAACCAAUUUGUGAUUUUCGUUCAAAUAAUUUUGUAUUUAGAUGUGAUUUAGUUUGAUUAAACUAUAGUUUUAAUAAUC